AUGUCUGAACAAGCAACUAAGUCAAGAAACUCCUCUCACUUAAUUGGGGGCUUCUUUGGUGGGCUAACGUCUGCAGUGGCAUUGCAGCCAUUGGAUCUUUUAAAGACAAGAAUCCAACAAGACAGGAAGGCCACGUUAUGGAAGAAUUUGAAGGAAAUAGAUAAUCCCUUACAACUAUGGAGGGGCACUUUACCAUCAGCAUUACGAACAUCAAUAGGUAGUGCCUUAUAUUUAUCAUGUCUGAAUGUUAUGCGGUCAUCUCUGGCAAAGAACAAACAUAAAGUAUCAUUGUCAGUUGAUGGUCCAAACGUUGUGUACAAUAAGAGUAGUAGCCUACCACGAUUAACAAUGUACGAAAACCUGCUAACCGGAGCAUUCGCAAGAGGCCUAGUAGGCUAUAUAACCAUGCCAAUAACUGUCAUUAAAGUCCGAUAUGAGUCUACGCUGUUCAAUUAUUCCAGCUUAAAUGAGGCAAUCACUCAUAUAUACACGAAAGAAGGAGUUUCUGGAUUUUUCAGAGGAUUUGGAGCUACCUGUUUAAGAGAUGCCCCUUACGCAGGCUUAUACGUAUUACUGUACGAAAAAUCGAAACAAUUACUGCCCACGGUUUUAUCUACUAGAUUUAUUCAUUACAAUCCUGAAGGAGGGUUUACUACCUAUACUUCUACAACAAUAAACACUAUAAGUGCCGUAUUAUCCGCCAGUUUGGCCACUACAGUUACAGCACCAUUCGACACCAUAAAGACGAGAAUGCAAUUAGAGCCUUCGAAGUUUACCAAUUCUUUCAAAACUUUCACAUCUAUUAUUAAAAAUGAAAGCGUAUUGAAGUUAUUUAGCGGACUAAGCAUGAGACUGACAAGGAAGGCCCUGAGUGCUGGUAUAGCAUGGGGUAUAUACGAAGAGCUGGUAAAAAGAUUCAUGUAA